CGCAGAUGGUGUCAGUGUUCCAUACGAGUACGAUUCGUUGUCUGCGGGCUGGAAGGGAUGCUACUGACUCUUGGGCACCGCGAAAAGGAGUCGACCUUCGAGGCUAGAAUUUUGGGCAGGAACAGUUAGCGCGCUCCGCAUGAAGUGCAUGCUUUCUCUGUGGGCUCGAUGGAAGGCAUCUGAGUUGGAGAGACUUUGGUACUCACCCGCUGACGAGAUCCAUGGCGUAGAGCUUGUGUGGUAUGGCUGGUGAUUGCAAGAUUGGAGGUGAGGGACGGCACAGACGGGCGGACGCCGAAGAUAUGGGAAUUUGUCGCGGCGCGAGCCCAACUUGUGGACCUGGCAGCAAUCGGCAGGUGACGCAGGUACCCUCCGGGGCGGCGGUCGCCGAUGCGCUCGCUACCUCGAGAAGGUCGGGUAUCCCGGGCAGCACACCCAGUAGCACAGAGCAGACUGAUCAAUUGCACUGGCGGAAAGUCUGGACGACUGUACCGAAUGCAGGAAACCCAAGCCUACCUGAGGUAUCCUCACGAUUUGCGCCUACACGUGUUGCCAGACAGACCUCGAUGACUGCACGUGGAGGGGCAAGCGAGCGAGAUCGGGAGGGGCAGCACCAGCGGAGAUCUCCUAACCGCCAGCCGGAUUGCCCAAAUUGGCCUAUGACAGGCCCGCGACACGGCGCGUGCCUGGAGUGUAAGGUACCUCACUUAGUGUAAUCACAGCCGUGCCUGGGCCACCAGCCUGCACUACACUAAUACAACAAGGUCCGCGCUUGGAUCUGGCACUUUCUGCAUCUCAACCUGGCGCACAGCAAGGGCGAAGUUGAAUGCAG